CGUCUCAAUGAGUCGUUCUUAAACCUCUUAACAACCACCGUACAAGUCUAUGACAGCUGCGCUCAUACAAUUAAAACAGUGGCGCUUCCGAGGUCCGUACGCAUUCGGGCUACCGACGUAGACCAGUGAAGACAUCCUCAGCUCCGGGUCGAUACACGAACCACUAACGCCACACAACUCGCAAAGAUCAGCUCAAAUCAUUCCCGGCUCGAUCUAACGGUACGACAAUCUGCAGUCUAGCGGUGUGGUAUUGGUAUUAUAUAUUCCAAGUUGUGAGCGAAGAGUAUUUAGCAAGUGCCGAUAGGUGGAGAGAAACAGCUAUAGCUAUGCCUCGAGCAUUUUUAGUCAAGAAAAACAAGAGCGUGAAGUCGUCGGGAGAGAAGAGGAGUUAUCCAGAAGAUGACUACGACCCUAACUUUAACUAUGUCGACAAUAGAAUAUUUGCGACUUCGUCUGCGGUUACUGGAAUAAUUCAUUCACCGACGGAGUGCGAUAAGUUCCCAGUGUUAAGUUCAUUAACUACGAUGUUCACAUCGACGACGGCUUCAACCAGCUGUACGAGCGCGUUUAAACCAUUCAAAACAGAAAAAGAAAACUCUCCGAAGCGACACAAGUCUAGCGUUCACUCUACGGAGGGAAAAGCGGAAAAACCAAGCAAGAGGGAAAGCAAAAUGGAAUUCUCGCCAAUUUCCCGCGACCUGCAUAAUGAGAAACUCACAAAUGAGCAUGGAUCAGUUGGCGGCAAAACUGCCGUACUAGAACACAAGGAAUUCGCGAUUUUUAGCGAUAAAAACGAUUUUCCAAAGCCUAAAGGUCCUCUUCCACAGUCGCAGUUUAUUUGUCAGCUCUGUAGCGAAGUUUACAGCGAUCCCUUUUCACUGGCGCAACACAAGUGUAGCGGAAUUCAGCAUACAGAGCACCGGUGUCCAGAAUGCGAUAAAGUAUUUAGCUGCCCUGCCAACCUUGCGUCGCAUCGACGGUGGCACAGACCUCGCUCGCCUCACGACAAGAAAUCCUCACAGCCCCAGAAACCGGUCGAGAAAAAAAAAGUGGAGAGCGAGAGCGAAAGUGACAGUGAAUCGGACACGGAAAAGAAACCAGGUUCGCCGGUGGUUGAAUCUGAACUCAGUCCAGUUGGUAGCAGUCAAGGGCAAUUUGUGUGUACCGUUUGCAAUAAGACAUUCCGGCGCAAGGCCUACCUUCGCAAACACAUGAACAACCACACGGAUGAUAGGCCAUAUCCGUGCCAAUACUGCGGCAAAGUAUUCCGAAGCUUGACGAAUCGGGCGAAGCACGUCCUAAAUCAUGCCGUGGGACCAAAAACAUUCACCUGUAAUGUAUGUGGAAACGGUUUUGCCAACAAAGGUGGACUUGAUCGUCAUUCACGCAUACACACAGGCGAGAUCUACUCUUGUAAGCAAUGCAGUAGCACAUUUUACAGCUCGCCCGGUCUUACCCGGCACAUCAAUAAAUGUCACCCUCCAGAGAACAGACAAAUCGUGGUUCUACAAGUCCCGGUCAGACAGGGAUGAAAACUCAAAAGAACACUAAGAAAAAUAGUUUAUCUGCGUAUAAAAAUGAACAAAUAGUAUUAUAUUUACAAAGAUGCAAACAAAGCAUAGGAAUAAUAUCAAACGCAAAGCUAAUGUACAUAUUUUUAUUCGCUAGAGUACGAAGCCAGUUUCGGCUAAAUUCUUUCACAUGAUGUAUAUAUUUAAAUGGUUUAUCGUUAAAGUCUUUACGAAGAGAGCUUGUACAUAAAUUUGGUGUUGUAAAAUGUAAGUUGUUCGGGGUUUUGUGGUAGUAUGCGCGCUUUUGGAGCGCUUUAAAAGGCAGCUGCUCACGGUGUUUUCUAUGGCUAUGAUAAUGACUUGAAUUUAGCGGAUUCCGUGAAUGAAACUUUCUACUCAAUAAACAAUAUAAACGGAGAAAAAAA